GAAUUUUACGAGCUAGGGGUGUUAAUCUUUGCUGUGGUUAUUAUGCUCCUCUUCUUAGCAUGGACAACGGUUGCCCUCCGGAUGUGGGUGCGUUUAGGCAUUACCAAAUCUCCUGGGUGGGACGAUGCUACGAUGCUCAUUGCGCUGUGCUUGUUCACGUGCUAUUGCGCCUUCAUAUUGACGAUCACCUUGCGGAGUAGAGCGCACCGGCAGUUCACUGAGAUGGAAUUGCUGCAAAGCCUCGUUUACGUCCAAUUGAGCAAGGUCUUUUACAUCCUCACAACAACAUUCCUCAAGAUCUCACUAGGUCUUUUCUUCCUGCGAUUGCUCACCAAACCCUGGCAAACCCGCCUCUUCCAUGUGAUCCUUGCAAUCUCGGGUGUCUUCGGCAUUUUUUACUUCUUCGUUACCCUCUUCGUUUGUGGAAGUCCAACAAAACUCGCGGACAGUUUUAUCGGCGCUCGCGCAAAGCACUGUGCCCCGGUCUGGUUCGUUUUGACUACAGGCUAUAUCUAUGGCAUCAUCAACGUCGUAGCCGACUGGAUUUUCACGCUUAUACCCAUCGUCAUCCUGAUGGACAGCACAAUGGAUCGCCGUUCAAAGAUCUCAGUGGGCAUAGUCAUGUCUUUUGCUGCUGUCGGCUCUAUAUCAUCUAUCAUGCGCAUGGUGUAUUUGAAGGGCUUACUGUUCGAAAAUAGUGUAUCCACUACCUCGAUCAAAGCCACAAUAUGGGCGACUGCUGAACCCGGCACGGGCAUCAUCGCUGCAUCUGCUGCCAUUCUUCGUCCGCUCUUCCGCAAAAUAUAUACCGAUGUGCGUGACAAA